AUGAAUUCGAAGAUCCUUGUGGAUGGUAUAAGUGGAGUAAACAAUGGGCUAUGGACAAUUCAACCUAUCGGGCCUUUGGAGCCAAGGGAAUUGAACCGCACAGCGCACAAGGCUGUAGCGAUUGGUAUCAGAGCGAAGCAACUGGAAAGUUGGGCUGUUAGGCCACCACCGUCUCUAGUGGGUGUUUUGCUGUUGGAUGGCAUUCCUUGCCCUCCAUGGGGGACUACUUAA